GGCACCAGUACACCCUCCUACGGGCGCGCAGUGAGCAGGAGUGCCUCCCUCUCUCUCUCUCCCUUUUCUCCCUCUUUCUCAUCUGCCGCCCACCGCCGCCGCCCGUAUCCCUUCGGCCUUCAGACCCCUACCAGGCCCCUCGGAACAUACCCUUGUGCCCGACCAGCCAACCGCCCGCGCGCGUGCGUGCUCUCCCGCACGCUCGCCACGUCUGAACGUCUUGGAGGAAGGAAGGGCAGGCGGGCGAGAAGAGGAACUCGCAGCAGUGAUUGCCCGGACGCAGCGCGGGCGUGAGUCUCCAGAGGAACCUCACAAUGACGGGCGCCAUGUGGAGGUCCUUUGCUGUGCUCGUCCUGGGCGCUGCUGCAGUCAGCGCUGCCGUGCACUCGCGCCCCUGGUACAAAAAGGACUGCACCGUCUACACCCACCACCUGGACCGGCCCCUGAGGGCUGUCACCAGCGCCACCUUCUACGUCAGGCACGAGGGAAGCCUCAGAAGAAUAGCCAUGAGACUCUACGGCUUCUCGGACAGCUGGGACGUGAGUGUCUGGCCUCCGAAGGGCAGCAAGGACCCCCACGCCUGGCACAACGUCACGAUCACCAAGAUCGGGUAUAACUUGGCGGUCUACGUGGACGGCGCCCUGGCCCAGACGGAAUACAUGUCGUCGAGUUCGAAACUGACCCAUUUGACGGUGACUUUGAAGGGUGAAGGCGAAGUGACCCUGUGUGACUUCCGGGGCGGCUCGUCCCUCACCUCGCCUUGGCUCAUUGGCAUAGGUGUGGGCCUGGCUGUGAUAGUGGCCGCAGCGGUGGCGGUGGUCGUGUGGUGGAGGUGUCGAACGCGAGUCGAGUAGCUUCGGUUUGUUGAAAACAACUUUUAGAUGGAUCUACUCUUUCUAUGUUUCAACUAUGUUUCUAUUUCUUUGUUGUCUCUCUUUUACUUCUCUCUCACAUUUUUCUCCUUCUCCCUCGCUUAUUUCUACUCGUACACUCUACAUUCUUUUCUACAUUCCCUCCUUCUCGCCCUCUCUCCUCACUUCAUCUUUUACCUUCCCGUCUCGUCCUUUCCUUUGGUUACUAUUUCAUUCUCCUUCCCCUCUUCGCCCUUCAUCUCCUCGAUCUCCCUCUCCUCCCUUACAUCUCGUCUGUCCUUCUCCCUCUCCUGCUUCUUUAAGCUCCGAUUAGCAGAGACGAAGCAUCGAAACUGAGAGUGGCUGGCGAGUAAUGUUGUGGAAAUGUGCAAUCGGGUAUGAUUGAUAUCUGCUUAGGUUAAGGAAUAGUGAAAUAAGAUAUCGCUUAUGUAAACAUUCGUAAAUUUACAAAAACGCUCACUCAUACACGCAUAAACACACACAGUUCAAACUGUUUAGUGGGGUAAAGGAAAUCUUUCAGUGUGUAGAAGUUUGUAACACAAAUAUAUCUCUCUCUCUUGCAUAUACACGCAAACAUGCAAGUACACAUGUAAAACUGGUUAAAACGCAAGCAUGUACAUACAUACACAAGUUAUGUAGUAAAAGGAACGAAAUAUGCAUCCUUAUAGAUAAGCAUUAUAAUUGUGUCUACAUGUAUACCUCUGUGCUCUCAGCGAUACUCAGAGAUGCUUUAUGUAAGUGUUG